AUGAGCCUGACAGCGCAGUGCAGGCAGCUACCAGCUGCACUGCAGCACCAGCGGCUACCCACGCAGCGGCGGCAGCAGCAGCGGCUUCUGGCCCGCGCCGAGCAGGCGACGGCUGAGCGGGCCACCGAGUUUGACUGGGACUCGCUGGGCUUUGGCCUCACCCACGUCGGCUCGACGAUGUGGAUGGCCACGUGCAGUGCUGAGGAUGGGCAGUGGAGCAAGGGCGAGCUGCAGCCGUACGGCCCCCUGCCCAUGUUCCCCUCGGCCCAGGCGCUCAACUAUGGGCAGGCGGUGUUUGAGGGCAUGAAGGCGCAACGCAGCGCCAAGGACCGUAUCGUCCUGUUCCGGCCCGACGCCAACGCGGGGCGCAUGGCUGAGGGCGCGGCGCGGCUGUCCAUGAUCCCGCCGCCGCCGGAGCUGUUUGUUGAGGCGGUGACGCAGACCGUGGCCGCCAACGCCGACUUUGUGCCGCCCCAGGGCAAGGGCUCGCUGUACCUGCGGCCCCUGCUGGUGGGCAGCGGCCCCAUCCUGGGCCUGGGCCCCGCCCCCUCCUACACCCUUGUCGUCUACUGCGCCUCCGUGGGAUCGUACUUCAAGGGAGGCCAGCUGACCCCCAUCGACCUGCUGGUGGAGACGCGCUUCCACCGCUCCGCGCCCGGCGGCAUGGGCGGCACCAAGUGCGCCGGCAACUACUCCCCCGUGCUGGUCACCCAGCUGGCUGCCAAGAAGGAGGGGUACAGCGACGUGGUGUACCUGGACGCCAAGACCGACACAUACCUGGAGGAGGUGUCCUCCUGCAACAUCUUCGCCGUCAAGGGCAAGACCAUCCGCACGCCGCCGCUGCAGGGCACCAUCCUGCCCGGCGUGACGCGGCGCUCCAUCAUCGAGCUGGCGCGGUCGCGCGGGUACACUGUGGAGGAGGUGCCGGUGCCGGUGGAGGAGGCGAUGCAGGCGGACGAGCUGUUCACCACCGGCACCGCUGUGGUGGUGUCCCCUGUGGGCAGCCUGACGUACAAGGGGGGGCGCCGGCAGUACGCCGAGGACGGGCAGCCCGGGUCCGUGGCCCUGGAGCUGUAUGACCAGCUGACGGGGCUGCAGCAGGAGCGCUACCCAGACCCCUUUGGCUGGGUGGUGCCCGUGUGCUGA